UCCAUUCUCUGGGAGCCCAAACGGUUCGUUGUUCAUUUCUUUUGUUUCUUUGUUUUGGGAUUCUGUGUUUCCAUGUCUCAUCGUAACCGUCAGAUCAAUUGCAUCUAACAGUAAGGGUUCAUCUAAGAGUCCACCACAAAAUAGUAUCUGUCUAUGUUCAGUCGUUUUCACCACAUUGCCUUGCCUCGCUUCUUCUGCGCUUCUACCUUUGUUUUUUUCUUGAUCAUGAGUUCACGACCAUUAACGUCUUCAUGGCUUUUUGGGUUUUUUUUUUUAUAUAUGUAUCUUUCAGUGUUCGUCGGGUCUGAGACUCUGAAUCCAGUAAGCGAUUGCCUGUGGAGGUGAAGGUUAAUUCCAGAGGGCGGGUGCAAUAUGUGUGAUAGUAUAUCCAAUCUUUUUGAUGAAGCGGAAUUGGGUGACGCAAACUUCAUGGGAGACACUUCACCGGAUGAGAUCUUCAGCCUAUUGGAGUCCCUAGAAGGUGCCUCAGAGAUUUCACCAUUAACGCCGCUUGAGGAAACUGUUGUUAGCCCGAAAGGCGGCAAUGGCAGUAGCAGCUGCGAGGACGCUAGAUUGGUUUCUCAGAAGUCUGUAACUUCUUCCAGUGUUCAUCAGCAGGAUACUGAGACUGAAGCUGAAGCGUCGCCGGCUCGCAAGAGACCUAAGCUCUCGGCUGCGUCCUCUUCUUCUGAGGAACCACCUCAAGAUGGGCAGCAACGGAUGUCGCACAUAACGGUGGAACGCAAUCGGAGGAAGCAGAUGAACGAGCACUUAUCAGUCCUACGCUCGCUGAUGCCUUGCUUCUAUGUCAAAAGAGGAGACCAAGCAUCCAUAAUAGGGGGAGUUGUGGAUUAUAUCAAAGAGUUACAGCAAGUUCUACAGUCACUGGAGGCAAAGAAGCAACGGAAGGUGUACAGUGAAGUUCUCAGCCCUAGGCUAGUCUCAAGUCCAAGACCCUCCCCACUAAGCCCGAGGAAACCACCUCUAAGUCCUAGGGUAAGCUUACCCAUAAGUCCAAGGACACCCCAACCAGGCAGCCCUUACAAGCAGCCCAGGCUGCAACAGGGUUACCCAUCACCAUCACCCACCAAUAUUGCUACUUCACACGAAUCCUCCUCCACUUUGACUUGUUCCUCCUUUGAUAAUCCUAAUAAGGAGUUAGGCGCAAACUCAAAAUCGGCAAUUGCAGAUGUGGAGGUUAAGUUUUCUGGCCCAAAUGUUCUUCUAAAGACGAUAUCACCUCGGAUUCCAGGUCAAGCACUGAAGAUUGUUGCAGCCCUUGAAAGCCUAUCACUCGAAAUUCUUCAUGUGAGCAUCAGCACCAUCGACGACACCAUGCUUAAUUCCUUCACCAUCAAGAUCGGAAUUGAAUGCGAACUCAGUGCGGAGGAGCUUGCACAUGAAAUUCAGCAAACGUUCUGCUAAUUCUCUGCUCAAGUUUUAGACUAUUCUGUACCACUCUAAUAUCUCUCUCUUUCUCUCCGAUCAGUCUCUCUAACGUCUAAUUCUGGAAUAAAUAUAAUUUCUUCAUUGACGAUGCCCUACAGAUGUUAGUGCCACAGUUCUAAUUGAGAACUUUCCAGCUACAACCUCUGUGUAUGUAUUAAUUGUAUUUCCAUUCAAAACCGACUUGAUUGUCUAGUGAAGAAAAUUUUACUUUUUCUCGGCUCAGUGUUUUUUUUUUCUUUUCUUUUCUUUUCUUUUUCUUUUUUUUUUUUGUCAUUUGCAACCCGAUAAAUUGAACGAAUGGGAUUUGGUAAAGAAGGAAGAAACAGCUUUUGCA